AUGACUCCUACUGAUAAAAAGUCCUACGUUUUCCAAUGCAAAAUUAACGAAAAACCUGCUCAAUCUAUAGCCGGUAAAGGCACUCGUAUCACCAUUGAAAAGGAUGGUAAAAUAUAUAGUGAUAUUAUUGAUGCCGUUACUGGUGCUGCUGUUGGUGCUUUGGGAUGGGGUGAUGAAGACAUCGUCGAUAUUAUCACUGAAGCAGCCAAGACCUCUACCUAUUCUUUCCCAUCUUUGAUUGGUAACAAACAAUCCGAAGAACUGGCUAAAUUUUACAUCGACAAUUCCCCAAAGGAUGCAUUUGCUUCUGCUUUAUGGUGUUGCUCUGGUUCGGAAGCUAAUGAAAGUUGUAUGAAAAUCAUGUACCAGUACUGGUUAGAACGUGGCAAGACAAAAAAAACAAAAUUUAUUUCUAGAAAGAGCUCUUAUCAUGGAUUUACUAUUGGUUCUCUAUCUAUUGCUGACAAUGCUCGUGUGGUUGCCUUUAAGGAUAUCUUAUUGCCAGAAACUCAAUGUCUAAAGAUGCCGGUUUGCUACCCAUACAGAUUCCAAAAAAAGGGCCAAACCGAAGCUGAAUAUGUCCAAGAAUUACUAGGUAACUUGGAAAAGUUGAUUGUUGAUAAUGAUCCCGAAACUAUUAUUUCUGUUACUGUUGAGACUUUGCCGGGCUCAUCCAUAGGCACUGUUCCGCCACCAAACGGAUACCUACCAGGUAUUCGUGCCUUGUGCAACAAAUACGAUAUCUUGAUGCACUUGGAUGAAGUCAUGUGUGGCACUGGUAGAUCGAAUCCAAACGGUGGAUUGAAUUGCUGGGAAAACUUCAUGCCAUUGAACCAAGGUCCAGAUUUGCAAUCAGUUGGUAAGGCUUUGGGAUCUGGCUAUGUCACUAUUGCUGGUGUUUUGAUCAGUCCAAAGGUUAAAGAUGCAUAUGUUAAUGGCAGUAACAGCGUCGUUGGUUCACACACCUAUGCCUCCCAUGCAUUUAACUGUAGUGUUGCGUUAGGUAUCCAAAAAAAAAUCAUUGAAAAAGGUUUGACUAAGAACAUCUUCAAAAUGGGCAACUUGAUGGGUGAAACUUUGAAGAAGAAGUUACUAGCUAACGAUAACAUUGUUGGUGAUGUCAGAGGUAUUGGUGGGUUUUGGUCGUUGGAAUUUGUUAGGGACAGAAAGGGAAAGAUUAGCUUUGCUCCCAAAUUAGAUGUUGGCCACAGAUUUCAAGCUGUGUGUUUUGAAAAUGGCAUAAAUGUCAUGGGUAUGACUGGCACCUAUGAUUAUACUACAGGGGAAGGUGAUGUUGCACUGUUGGCGCCAUCAUUUAUCAUUACUGAGAACGAUGUCGAGGAAAUUGUUGAGAGAGUUGUUAAAUCAGUCGAUGAGUUGACUGCUGUUUUGAAAAGGGAAGGUGAAUUUUAA